AUGGAGACCGCGCGAGAGCGAGGCAGCUGGUGGAGUUCUCACAGCGCGAGUGUUUCCGCACACCUAGAAUAAAGAGCUGGCGAGCCGAGGACGAGGAACAACAGAGGAGCGCAGGGUUCACGGAACUACACGACGAAAACAUUAUAUUUUUCUACCGUUUGUUUCCCUUUUUAACCACAUUCUGGUUUGGGUGUAUGUAUUUCGACGACCGUUAAUGCCUCGAAUGUGAAGCCGUUGAGAGGGAGGGCUCGUGCUGGUAACCUUUACGUUGGUUAAGCCGUAGAGGACUCUUGCUGGUCGCCGGAGGAAAAGAUGUGCGAUGGAAUGGUAGUGUGUCAGACGAGAGCCCUGUCCUCCUCCUCCUCCUCUUCUUUCACCUCCUCCUCUCUAGCCCACAGGCUGGCUGCCUCCGCGUUUCUCCUCCUCUUCACCCUGCUCCCUUAUGGUCACGCAUCAGGUUGUGCGCGGCCACCCGGCGUGCAGCACGGAGACCUGCUGAACCAGACCGAAGCUAACCGGGGCUCUUUUCCUCCGGGCACCCUGCUGGCUUAUGGUUGUGGGCCUGGAUACACCGCAGAUGGACCCACCAGCAUCAUUUGCACCAGCUCCGGAGCCUGGUCCCAUCAACCUCCGCGCUGCAUCAGAAGCAACGUGUGUUCGCCCCCGACUGAACCAGAGAACGGGGGCUACCGCUGUCACCCGUCUCCCUGCCACCGCCUCACCCAGAAGACUGUCAUCGAGUACUUCUGUGACGAGGGCUACGCUCUGAAGGGCGACUACAAGUUCCUCACCUGCCAGAACGGCGAGUGGGACAGCCCCAUGCAGAUCAGCUGCCGACUGACAGGACAAGACAAGGAGCCAAGCUCUCCGCUGGGUAUACCAGCUCUGUCUAUUGUGGCGUCUACAGCCAGUUCUGUGGCACUCAUCCUGCUUUUAGUGGUGCUGUUUGUUCUUGUACAGCCCAAACUCAAGUCCUUCCAUCACAGCAGGAGGGAGCAGGGAGUCUCAGGCCAGCCUAGCUCCAUCAUGGUGGAGGGCGUCCAGGUGACGCUGCCCUCAUACGAAGAGGCUGUAUAUGGAAGCAGUGGACCCUGCAGCGCUUCGGGUCCUCCUCCUUCUCCGCCGCCCCCCGCGGCUCCUCCAGAGUCUCGAGUCCCGAUCGUGCUCUCUGAGGGCCUCCCGCAGGGAGCCACGGGAGGCCAAGCAGGCCCCAGCAGAACCCGUCACCACAGAGACUUAGACUUCUGUCUCCCAUCCACGUCCUCCUCUUCAUCAUCCUAUUCCUCCCGCCGUCACGCAGAGACGGUGCUGGUUCAUCAGGCCCCCUCUUCCUCCUCCUCCUCCUCUUCAUCAUCAUGGGCUAGAGAGCACCCUGGGGGUGCAUGCGCAGGCCCCCUACCGCUUCGUAGAGACUCUGAGAGUAGCGACCAGCACAGUCUGCUUUCUGUCACCUCUACGGAUGAUUUCUCUGAUGAUAUUCCCCUGUUGAAGGAAGCAUGAAGUCUGCCAGCCUGCUAUCAGCAUCAGCAGCAGAGCCCCUGUUUCCCUAUCUCUUCACUGCUGACCAGGACUGACUGUGGCUGUCAACCUACUCCCCUCCCCACCGCCCGUCCCUCCCCUCCCCGACUCCCCUCAGCAGCCAGCAGAGAAAAGACUAGAACUACGCCCAUUCCCCCCACGCAGCCUCCUUCUGCCAUUGCUACCCAUGCAGAGCAAAGCCAACAACCAAUACUCGCUGCAUCAUAAGCAAUGAUGGAGCACCACUGGAGUCAGCUACUGGAUCAAACUAAAGACAAGCCAGACAAACAAAGUGGUGCCAGCUCAAACAUAAAUCCUGUAGAUCCUCCUGUAUAUGAGUAAAAAACAUCAAGGUUGUGUACUAUAGGCUAUGUAUCACCGUACGCCUGCCUCCUCCCAGGUGUAGUUCUCUAUAUUAACACGGCUCACGGAGGCUUCACCAGAGGAGGCUAUAGCAAUCGAGAUGCGUCAACUCUGUCUGGGAUUACUUCAGAUCUAAAAAAAUAAAAUAAAAUAACUUGUGAUGUUCGCUCCUGACGUGGCGGCGCUCAGAAUCGUCUUCCCGCUGUACUUGAAAAGUUGUGAGUGGCGGCUGGAGAUUUUUUUUUCGCAGCCCGCUUUGUGAAUGUUGCAUGUUGUUUUUAGUUUAUUGCCGUCACAGCACGGUGGCCCACUCUGAAUGAAGCAUGAAGCCUCCUCUGUCUCUCUCUCUCUACUCUCACUCUCUCUCUAUCUCUCACUCUCUAGCUAUCUGUGUAUCCGGGUGGUGUCUAGCAAAUGGAUUAGUGGGAUUGAGAACCACUUCGCAAGAGCUAAAAGCAGGGCGCAGCGUUUUACGAAAGCACCAUAUCACAACUAUGGAAAAAAAAAGACCUUUCUCGCUCCUUUCUUCUCUGUUGCCAGCUGCACCCUGGUAUCUGGAAGGUGCUCCUUCUGUCGCAUGAGUAGGAUCGAUUGGUGUUUUGGUUCCAGGACUGUGCUUUUACAUCUUUACCUGUAUGAGGAGGGGGAAGACGCAAUGUCACAUGUGUGUAUGAAAGCUGAAGAGAGGGAUGUCUUUCAACACGGUGAUCGGGGCACAUGACUGAACUUUAUGGUUGUUUUUUAAUUUUUCUUCCCACUGUAUUUAUUGUUUGGUGUGUGGCUCUGUUUGUGUUAAAUUGCUGAAUCUGAGUGUGUGUCUGUCUGUGUGUGUGUGCGCUUUUGUGUCAGCCAGGCAGAGGAUAACAUGUCCUCAUAUGGUAGGCCUCGACACAGCCGUCGUCUGAUUUGCCUCUCUUCAGAUCAGACUGUCUGCACAAUGUCCCCGUCUUUUCACCGUAGGAAAAAAAAAAAAAUCCCUCCCAGCACUGAAUAAGUCACAUGAACAAAUCAGCGUCACUUCAGGCAACGAGUCCACUACACAAUGUGUGUAUUAUUCAUGUCCUCUCAAGCUAGAAUAUUUAUCAUUUUCUGCUGAAUGGCUGGAAAACACAAGUCUCCUUUAGAGGAGCACUGGCUCUCGCCCACCUUCACACUGUCACACUGUCAGACUCUCCACUUUUGUGCAUUAUUGACACAACUGCAACUGGUUGCAGUGAAAUAAUAAAGUUUUUGUUAUAUAGCACGCCAACCAAACCCCCCUCCCACACCCACACCAACACAUAACACUCACUCACUCACCCUUUCUAAUCCCAAGUGCAAACUCAAGAGAGAGUCAUGUCAUUUUGUUAGAAAUCAUCCUCUGGUUUCCUGACCACUCGAAAAAGCUUCGGCGGUUGAGCCGGUCACCCUGGAAACAGCAUGACUCCCGAAGAGAGAGAAUUACUUUUUCAAGCGUAACCGCUCCGAGAGAAAACCCAGAGAACAACAAGUUUGGAUCUCUGUUCUUAAUUUUAUUCGGCAUCCGUGGCUGUCUGUGUCUGUGUCAAUGGCUACAUUAUUAAUGCAAACAGAAUGUUGCCUUAGACGUGUACAUUGUCUUUUUUUUUCUUUUCUCUUUGGAUGUAUAAUCAUAAGCCUCCGCGUUGGUUGCUUUACAGUAUUGCAACGUGUUCUGUUUUUCCCAAUGGCCUUACUCUGUUCUUUUUCUAUUCUAUGCAUAAAACUGUCUUUGUGUAUUUAUCAAUGAGUUUACUUCUGUUGUGGACACGACUUGACGUGUCCAUCCUUCUCUGUCCUCCCCUUAGCUUUUCCAGCUACUGUGAUGAUGAUGAUGAUGACGACGAUGAUGAUGAUGAUGAUGAUGAACCUAUAAGCACCUAUAUUUCACUAUUCCUUUGCUUCUCUUUUGCUACAAGGCAUUAAAAUAUUCUGGGAUUGAAAAGAAGAAAACAAAAAAAAGUGAAAUUAACUUUUUGCGUUCAGAAGCACUGUUGUACGGUGUUGCUUCCCUGAAAAUAACAGGUUAAAAAAAGUACACAUCUUGAUUCUUAGUUUCAAUGCUUUCAGCUUUGGUUUUUUCCUCUGUACAUGGCAGUGGGUGUGAAGAUAGUAAUUUAAUAUUUGUAUAAAGUUUAAUUUAAUUUUACAGUGUGUAUAUAACUUUCUAAUUAAAGCUUUCUUUUGAAUGUGGAA